UACUGAGGAUGCUCCGCUAACCGUCAUCUUCGUGGCUUAGCGUAAUAACCUGCAGCGCCUCCUGCUUGCUAGCUUAAAAAAAAAAAAAAACAUUAACAUUGCUGGAUUUAUCACACUUUUCCCAGGAACACAUCAGACACGUAAAGCUAUCUGUGAAGAAGACACUUGGAUUUUUCCUACUCUAAGGAUAUAUUCUUGCUUGGGAGGACAGCUUCUAAGGGCAUAUUUCUCUUUUCUCUUUUUUUCUUAUCCCUCAGGGUUGGCUUAAAAAUCGUGGGUUUGGUCUGUUGAUCUCCACUGGAAUUACCCCCAGUUCGACAUUGCUGUAUUUGGAAUGCAAACACGCUAACCUGUUGCCCUCCAUGGUUUCUGCCCAUGUAAAAAAGCUAUCAUCUUACAUUUUUAAGAUUUGCAAAGGAAUGUUUACAAAGAAACUGGCAAAUACCACAAAAAAGAAAGAGAAUACAGAAAACAAAAAAGACCCUAAGAUAUCCCCUGAACUGCAUGCUCGAAAUCAGACAUUUUCCACCACAUUGAAAAGCACAGUUAAAAAAAUAUCUAAAUGUUCUUCUGCACGCAACCUGUCUACUGAGGAAGACGACAGCAGGAAGGAUUGCUCUUCCCUUUCUCCCACAUUCAGUUACCGUGUAGCAAUUGCUAACGGACUGCAAAAGAAUGCUCUCCUACUGAACAAUAAUGAAUUUCAUGAAGUAUUAUCCAUCGAUAGUAGUUAUACUGACUCUUUAAACGAGGCCAAGCUUGUCCAUAGAUUCGAUGAACAAAAAGCUUACACAAUGCCAGUAAGAAGGAACAGAAAGAGCAUGAUUAGUUUGGCACCUUCUGACGGCAGCUCAGAAGGGGAACGUGGAGAGCGAAGCAGUCUCCACACGCUCCGACUAGGUGCUCUGAAAAAGCUUCGGAAAUGGAAGAAGAGUCAAGAAUGUGUUUCUUCAGAUUCCUCAGAGGCUAGCACCUGGAGAAAGACACUUGGCAUAAGGAGCAAGUCUCUGGAUCGGGCUGGAAGGCAGCAGAAAUCAACCACACUGGAACCGGGAUCCAGCUCCACAGGCUGCAUUAGCCAGACCCAAGAUGUCAUGGAAAUGAUCUUCAAAGAGCUUCAGGGAAUCAGCCAGAUUGAAUCAGAGCUCUCAGAGCUUCGAGGGCAUGUUAAUGCUUUAAAAAGCUCUAUUGAUGAGAUCUCAAGCAGUGUGGAGGUGGUGCAGAGUGAAAUUGAGCAGCUUCGCUCGGGAUUUGUGCAAUCCAGAAGAGAGACACGAGACAUCCAUGACUACAUCAGACAGUUAAGCCAACAAAGCAACAAAGCUACUUUGAGAUUCCUGAAUGUGCCUGAGGAAAAAUUUGAAAGAACCGAUGAACUCAUUUAUCAUAUUUUAAAGGAGAAAAUGGGUUUUGUUGAAGCACACAAGACACUUAAAAUUGAACUUGCCCAUCGAUUGGGGCAACAAAGAGAAUGUUUAAGUGCUAAACCUCGUCCAAUUAUAGUUAUUUUUUCAAAUCCUCAAGACAGGGAUUUAGUUUUGAAAAAGUGUUAUAAGCUCAAAGGCACUGGAAUAUCAAUCUCAACUGAUAGCCUUGCACAAGAAUCUAAAGAUAGAAAAGAACGGGGGAUGACCUCUUCUCAGACCUAUGAAAGCAUGGACAUGAAAGUAUCAAGUGCCAAAGACAAGGCAGAAAGUGAUGACUGGGACUCGAUGGACAGUGAUAAAGAACUAGAUGAGUUGAGCAAAAACAAAUAUGCAAUUGUGCCCAAACCACCUCAAAAAACUAAAUCUGACAAAAAAAAGUCUCACGACCACAGGCAGUCUACAGAUGAAACCACGUACUCUGUACAUUAUGCUGAUGAUGCUGUUUACGAUGACAAGCAAAACAAAUCUUACUAUUCUGACAUGACCCCAGGCUGGCUCUCCCAGAGUGAUUACUCCACUCCUAAGCUCAGUCGCUCUGAAUCUGACUGCUCCAAACUGUGCCCAUCUUACUCAGAGGAUUUCUCUGAAAGUCAGUACUUUAGCAGAGUUAAUGGAUGCUCCCUGCUCUCUUCAUCAGACCAGGAGCUCUGGCAGCGUAAACAGGAAGACAUGGCUUCUUCUUGGUAUGCAAGUCCACCCAGUCAAACACUCAGUCAGGAAAACCCACCCUAUGUGGAGCACAAUGAAGUUGAGACCACUGAGACCAUUGACAGUGGUGUCAGUAAUGGUCUGGUGUGUAUAUCAGGGGACAGAAGUCAUUAUAGUGGGUCCCAACUUUCUCUGCAAGGUGACCUUUCACCUUGGAAAGACUGGCAUCACCUUGAACAAGGAGCAGACUCAGGCUUGGAUGCCUCAACUGAACAAAAUUUAGUCUCAGAAAUCAGUAGCCCAUUUGACCCUGCUGCUAAUCCUGGUUUCCCUGAAAAAAUUACAAAAUGCCUUGAGGUUGAUUUGCAAUUUGAAGGUGAAACCUUUUUCACAUUAGACAGUACACCUGAGACAACACAAGAACCAGACAUUGAGCCUGAGUUAGAACAUGAGCCGGAACCUGAACAAGAACCUGAGCCAGAACCUGAGAUAGAAGUUGUAAUACAACCAAUGCAAGUACAAAAACCUGUACCAGAGGCAAAACCAGAAAAGAAGCCUAAGACAAAGCCGAAAACAAAAUCCAAACCAGAGUCUGCCCCGCAGACCCUGCAACGUCAAGAGAGCAAGGGGAACCAAAUACAGCAAAACCAAAAGUCUUCCAGUAUGUACCGCAGCCAGAGUGAGAUCAGGGCUGAAAAGGUUGAAGAGGUCCCCAAAUCAUGGAGCAGCAGACUGAGUAUAGACUUAUCUGAAAAGACCUUCAGUUUUGGAGGCUUUGGCUCCACCCUACAGAGGGCAAAAUCAGCUCUGGAAGUUGUUUGGAAUAAAGGUUCUCAAAACUCCAGUGCCCCUGCUGAAGAGCCUAGUACUAUUCCUUUUAUAGGACGCUUCAGGACUAUGUCUCAGUCAACUGCCAAUGAUUCCAGUACCACUAUUGACUCUGAUGUGUACAAUGAGCCCUUAUACUACAAAGCUGAUGAAGAAGAACCAACCACAGAGCAACCUGUGGACAACGAGACACAUUAUGUUGAAGUGAUGGAGCAGGUGCUAGCCAACCUCGAGAACAGAACAAAUGCUAAUGAAGCAGAGGAGGAGGAGGAGGAGGAGGAACAAGAAGAUGAGUAUGAAGUCUCACAAAAAUAUGACAUUUUGCAAGAAGGGAACCCAGUUUUGGAAUAUGACUGCAGCCUAGAUGAGCAAUAUGAUGAAGAAUACAGUGAGGACUACGAUGAAAACCAGAUGACGGAAGACAGGGAGGAGUACGAGUCCAUGAUUGAAUACAUAGAAGACACAGAGGAAGCAGCUGAUGAACAAGAGGAGGAAGAGGAAGUGGAAGUUGAGACAGAGUUGAAAGACAUUGCACAGGCACAAGCAGCAGAGGAAGACAAGCAAAAUUUGACUCAGGAGGAUGAAAGCAAAAAUGUCACAGAGCCCCCAGCACCAGUGGAAGAGCCAGCACCCAAGAAAAGGAUUCGACCAACGUUUAAAGAAGCUGCUUUGAGGGCAUAUAGGAAGCAAAUGGCUGAGCUUGAGCAGCAGAUUCUGGCUGGAGACAGCGCAGCUUUGGAAACACAGGGCCUAGAUCCUGCUAAGCUUGGUCUAAACACAGGAGGAGCUGGCAGUAUUCUUUAUGGCAUUGACAGUAUGCCAGAUUUACGCCGUAAGAGGACCAUGCCCAUCGUCCGCGACCUGGCUUUGACCUUGGCUGCUCGAAAGGCAGGCAUCUCGUUUGCGCUUGUGACCAGAUCCACCCUGAACAACGAGGACCUGAAGCUGCAGGUGCUGAGAAAGACUCUGCAGGCACUGAUCUAUCCCAUAUCAUCCACCACACCGCAUCAUUUCGAGGUGUGGACGGCGACGGCUCCCACCUACUGCCCCGAGUGCGAGGGUUUGCUGUGGGGCAUUGCGCGUCAGGGCAUGCGCUGCACUGAAUGUGGCGUCAAGUGUCAUGAGAAGUGUCAGGACCUGCUGAACGCCGACUGCCUGCAACGUGCAGUGGAGAAAAGUUCCAAACAUGGCGCUGAGGAUAAGACCCAGAACAUCAUCAUGGCCAUGAAGGAAAGGAUGAAGAUUCGAGAGAAGAACCGGCCCGAAGUUUUUGAUCUCAUCCAGGACAUGUUCCAGCUUUCCAAAGAAGACUUCAGCACUUAUUUAAAGAGUGCCAAACAAGCUGUGCUUGAGGGGAUGUCCAAAUGGUCAGCCAAGAUCGCCAUCACUGUCAUGUGUGCUCAGGGUCUGCAGGCAAAGGAUAAGACAGGCUCUAGUGACCCGUACGUCACCGUGCAAGUGGGCAAAACCAAGCGACGGACCAAGACCAUCUUCGGCAACCUGAACCCUGUGUGGGAUGAAAAGUUCCUCUUCGAGUGCCACAAUGCUACAGAUCGUAUAAAAGUGCGAGUUUGGGACGAAGACGACGACAUCAAAUCUCGUGUCAAGCAGCAUUUUAAGAAGGAGUCUGACGACUUCCUGGGACAAACCAUCAUCGAAGUGCGCAUGCUGAGUGGAGAGAUGGACGUGUGGUACAACCUCGAGAAAAGAACGGAUAAGUCGAUGGUGUCGGGUGCAAUCAGGCUGAAGAUCAGUGUGGAGAUGAAGGGUGAGGAGAAAGUGGCUCCUCCACAUGGGCAGUACACCUGUUUACACGAGAAUCUCUUCCACUACCUGACAGAGGUGAAGAACAACGGAGCCGUGAAGAUUCCUGUGGUCAAAGGUGAUGAGGCGUGGAAGGUUUACUUUGAUGACGUGUCUCAGGAGAUCGUGGACGAGUUCGCCAUGCGCUUUGGAGUUGAGUCCAUUUACCAGGCCAUGACUCAUUUCUCCUGCCUGUCGUCGAAGUACAUGUGUCCUGGAGUGCCAGCUGUGAUGAGUAACCUCCUGGCGAACAUCAACGCCUACUUUGCUCACACCACCACCACCAGCACCAACAUCUCCGCCUCAGACCGGUUCGCUGCUUCUAACUUUGGGAGGGAGAAAUUUGUAAAACUCUUGGAUCAGUUACACAACUCUCUGAGGAUUGAUCUCUCCAAAUACCGGGAUAAUUUCCCUGCUGGAAACCCAGAGCGGCUGCAGGACCUGAAGUCCACAGUGGACCUACUGACCAGCAUCACCUUCUUCAGGAUGAAGGUGCAGGAGCUGCAGAGUCCCCCGAGAGCCAGCAUGGUGGUGAAGGACUGUGUGAGGGCGUGUCUCGACUCCACCUACAAAUACAUCUUCGACAACUGCCAUGAGCUCUACAACCAGCUGCUCGACCAGACAAAGAAGCAGGACCUGCCCCGUGAGGAACAAGGGCCGUCCAUAAAGAACCUGGAGUUCUGGCCAAAACUCAUCACGCUGAUGGUAUCUGUGAUCGAUGAGGACAGGAUGGCAUAUACACCCGUCUUUAACCAAUUCCCGCAAGAGCUGAACAUGGGCAAGAUCAGCGCCGAGAUCAUGUGGAACCUGUUCGCUAUGGACAUGAAGUACGCCAUGGACGAGCACGAGAAACAUCGGCUAUGCAAGAGCACCGAGUACAUGAAUCUGCACUUCAAAGUCAAAUGGUUCUACAACGAGUACGUGCGGGAUCUCCCGGCCUUCAAGGGGACGCCUCCGGAAUAUUCUCUGUGGUUCGAGCCCUUCGUUAUUCAGUGGCUGGAUGAGAACGAAGACGUGGCCAUGGAUUUCCUCAACGGCGCCCUGGAGAGAGACAAGAAAGAUGGGUUCCAGCAGACGUCUGAGCAUGCUCUGUUCUCCUGCUCCGUGGUGGACGUGUUUACACAGCUUAAUCAGAGCUUCGAGAUCAUCAAGAAGCUCGAGUGUCCGAACCCUCAAGCCCUCGCUCACUUCAUGCGCAGAUUUGCUAAAACGAUCAAUAAGGUGCUCCUGGAGUACGCCGCCAUCAUCACGAAAGACUUCACCAACCAUCUGAACAAAGAGAAAGUGCCGUGCAUCCUCUUGAACAACAUCCAGCAGCUUCGGGUUCAGCUGGAGAAGAUGUUCGAGUCGAUGGGUGGGAAGCAGCUGGACGCCGAGGCGAGUGAUCUGCUGAAGGAGCUCCAGAAUAAACUCAACACGGUUCUGGAUGAGCUAAGCGCAGUCUUCGGCUCCAGCUUUAAGCCGGUGAUUGAGGACUGUGUGAAACAGAUGAACCAGGAGCUGGUCCAGAUGAAGGGCAACGCCGCGAACAAGAGCAACGCCGCCAUGGACGCGGAGACUGUCCUCCGUCCCCUCAUGGACCUGCUGGAUAAAAAUCUCAUCCUCUUCGCUAAGAUCUGUGAGAAGACGGUGCUGAAGCGUGUGCUGAAGGAGCUGUGGAAAAUCGUCCUGAACACCAUCGAGAGGCAGAUCGUCCUCCCGCCACUGUCUGACCAAACACAAGGAGCUCAGAUGAUCUUCAGUGCAGCCAAGGACCUGGGCCAGCUCUCCAAGCUGAAGGAGCAUGUGAUCCGUGAGGAGGCCCGCAGCCUGACUUCUCGCCAGUGUGCAGCCAUGGACCUCGUGCUUCCCACCAUCAAGCAAUAUUUCCAUGCUGGAGGGAACGGCUUGAAAAAAACCUUCCUGGAGAAAAGUCCUGACUUGAAGUCUCUGAAAUAUGCGCUUAGCCUUUACACCCAACCCACAGAUGCCUUGAUCAAAAAAUUUAUAUGCACCCAGAUGUCUCAAGGUCAGUCAUCAUCCAGCUCAGUGGGAGAAAUAGUACUGCAUGUUGAUCUCAUCUCUCACCCCGGCACCGGAGAACAUAAAGUCAAUGUAAAGGUGGUUGGUGUAAACAACAUGAACUGGCAGACGACCACCAUGUUCCGACCGUUUGUCGAGAUCAACGCCGUCGGGCCGAGCCUCGCCGACAAGAAACGCAAAUACAGCACCAAGACCAAGAACAACAACUGGUCGCCGAAAUACAACGAAACAUUCCAGUAUAUUCUGAGCAGCGAUCACGGGCCGGAGGCGUACGAGCUGCACGUGUCACUGAAGGACUACUGCUUUGCUCGUGAGGACCGCAUCAUCGGCGUCACCGUGCUGCAGCUCCGAGACCUGACCGACAAAGUUAGCUUGAACGCGGCGUAUCCUCUCGUCCGCUGCAUCAACAUGGACGAUACGGGCCUCACCAUCACGAGGAUCCUCUCGCAACGGACCAACGACGAGGUGGCCAAAGAAUUCGUACGGCUGAAAUCAGAAACCCGCUCGGCCGAAGAAGCGUCAUGAAGAAUGUAGUGUGGAAAAAAAAUUACUCUGUAAAAAGCAAAAAAUUAUAAUAAUAAUAAUAAUACAGAAAUUAAAAAAUAAAUAAAUAAAGGAGGGGGAUAAGCAAAUGAGGCAGGAUGUCGCGACAGCGCAAGAGAGUUGUGUUGUUCGUUUCUGUGCAUGUGUGUAAAACAUCUGUUGGAAUGUUCAUUUGAAAAAAAAACUAAAAGCGUAUGUACUACAAGUGUUUACCUGCUGUAUGCUCACUAUCAAAUAAUAUAUUCUACGUUAACGAGACAUUGAAUACGUCUUUUUGUAUGACGACUAGUCUUUUUUGAACAGAUAUUUGUUCAGAUAAAGUGCCAAACCCUAUGAGGAAAAAAAAAAAACAAUUAUCAAAAAAAAAAUCAUAACGGUUAUUGGUAAUGUUAGUGAUGUUUUGAAUUUGCUUGAUUAUUUUGUGUGUGUGUGUAUGUAUGGGGAUCAUAAUCUCUUUAAUUGUGUAGCAUUUUGUCAUUUUUUUUCCAUUUGUCUUUCACGUUCACGCUUCUUUUUUUAAUCCCUCGACCCGUCCGACUCUUUUUUAAACAGCAUUUUUUUAAAAAAACGGCGAGGACUGCUAUCUAAUUCUUCGUAGGCGUUUGUAAUUUUAUAGCCACUGACAAGAGCGAGGGCCGCCUUCAGUGCUGAGCAGAAACAGGCCGCAUGGGCUUUUGCUCCGUGUUUCAUUAUUAUUUGUUUAUUUCCAGGCGUUUGGACUGUUUUAUUUAAGUUACGUUUGGCUUCCAGCCUUUCAGAAUGAUCACUGUGAACAUGCGCUUUGAAAGGCAAUCCCGAGCUUUUACAUCAACCGCUCUGAUAUCGCUACACACACUCUCUCUCUCGCUCUCACCCACACAUUUAAUUUCUUAAAAUAACUGCCAAAGUUAUAUAAAAAAAAUAUAUUUGUACGAAAGCAAUCCAUUACCUGUAUAAAGAUAAUUAUAUGCUACAUGCAUCAUGCUAUGUUAUUAUUUAUUUAUUUAUUUAUUUAGCAAUGCUAUGUCUGAUUGUUGAUGAGUCGAUUCUGAAAUGCAGAUUUUGGGAUUAUUUCCGUAAAGAUUUUCAUGUUCUCUGACGUGAACGUUGUAUUGAAUGUGGGUUUACAUGCGCGUUGUCUCAAUCUGUCACUCUGGUUUAUUUUUCUUUACAGAGGAAAUAAUUUAAUAUUUGGUAAUUAUGCAACAUUCCUAUGUAUUGCACUGAUGGCGAACUGUAUGUCAUGUAAAUAUAUUUAGUGAGAAGUUGUAACGCUUGUCCAUUUGGUUCGUUUUUUUUUUUUUGUUGUUGUUUUGUUUAGUUUUGUUUGUUUUUCAUCCAGCAAAUGCAUGUAAUGUAACCUUUAUAAAUCAGGAUGUUUAUUUGAAGCUACAUGAGAGAUGACGGCCAUUAAAGUGCUAUAAGAU